GUGUUUCUUCACUCACAUUGCACACAACACAAGCACUAUCAAACCAUCUAAUUCAUCAUAUAACACCAUAAAAAAAAUGUCUCUCUUUCCCACAAGCAACUUUGGUCGAAGAAGAUCAGAACCACAACAAAAUCAUCAUAACCAAACAUGGCACAACCCAUCAUACCAACAAAAACAUGGUUAUGAAACUCAUUUAACAACAACAGCUUUCUACAACGUACCAUCACCAAUUCUUAACACUCACAUAGAGUGGAAAGAAACUCAUGAAGCUUACAAAGCACAUCUUCCGGGACUCAAGCGAAACGAUGUUCGAGUUGAAGUUGAUGAUGAUAGAGUACUAUGUAUCAUUUGUGAGAAGAGUGCUAGUGGUCAUUUUGUUCAUCGUGUUACUUUGCCUGAGAAUUCUAAGGUUGAUCAUGUUAAGACUUAUAUGGAUAAUGGUGUGCUCACUAUUCAUGUUCCUAAGCAUAGAAUUGGGAACAAUCGUGUUAGGAAUGUUCAAAUUUCUCUUCAAAUUUCUCAUGGGUGAUUUGGAAAUGAGUUGUCUCUAUUUAA